AUGAAAAGACCUGGGUGCACUUCAAGGCAUAUCAAAUGUGUCAUCAUCUGCAGCCUUUGUCUGGGACUCGUCUUCCUGUCAGGAUUCUUCCGUAGGAAGAACACAGAUUAUGUAAUCUCCAGGAGCCACGAGGAGCUGGUGAUGCCUUCGGUGCCUUGCCAUGCCAAGAGGAACGUGAUGUUCCUCAAGACCCACAAGACAGCCAGCAGCACCGUGCUGAACGUCCUGUUCCGGGUGGCAGAGAGGUACAACCUCACCGUCGCCCUCCCAGCCGACCAGCGUGUCCACCUGGGCUACCCAAAGACCUUUCUGGCUGCCUUUGUGGAGGGAUUUCAAGCCACGGGACAAAACUAUAACAUCAUGUGCAACCACCUGAGGUUUAACCCCUCGGAGGUGCAAAAGGUGAUGCCAGUGGACACCUUCUACUUCUCCAUCUUGAGGAACCCCAUUCCUCUGCUGGAGUCUUCCUAUGUCUACUACAAGGACAACGUCCCUGCUUUCAGGAUAUCCAAGGAUGUGAACGAGUACCUGGUGUCCCCUGUGAAGUAUUACCAUCCAGCAGAUCAGAAGCAAAACAUCUACGCCAGGAACAUCAUGUGGUUUGAUUUUGGCUACGACAACAACGCAGAGGACAACAAAAUGUACAUCCAGACAGUCUUGAAGGAGAUUGAACAGAACUUCCACCUGAUCUUAAUAGCAGAUUACUUCGAUGAGUCCAUGAUCCUCUUGAAGCAUGCCUUGUGUUGGGAUCUGGAUGAUGUGGUUUAUUUUAAGCUCAAUUCCAGAAGCCAGGACACUGUCCAGACCUUGACUCCAGAAAGCGUGGAGCGGAUAAAAGCCUGGUGCUCACUGGACUGGAAGCUCUACCUACACUUCAACCAGAGCUUCUGGAGGAGAAUUGAGGAGACCAUAGGACUCCAGGAGCUGGAGAAGGAGGUGAAUCACCUGCGAAGGAGGCAGAGGGAGCUCAUGGAGACCUGUCUCUCAGACCAGGAGGCAGUGGGGAAGGAUCAUAUUGAGAACAAAGCUCUCCUGCCUUUCCAGUCAGGGACUGCAAAUAUCCUUGGGUACAACCUCAGACAAGACCUGGACAACAGGACUCUGAGAACUUGCCAGAAAAUGGUUAUGCCAGAGCUCCAGUACACAUCCUAUCUUUACACUGCUCAGUACCCACACAAGAAGAGGAAGCAGUUGGGCUUGCCCUGGGAGUGGACCAGUUUCCAGGAGAAGAUGCAGCUCCCAACUCCCAACUAG